CUCCACAGAAAACAUUCCUGAUCCGUCUCUAGCAUCUGCAUUCCAUACCUCCCACGCUCAAAUCACCAUUAUCAUUUGUGAACAACACUUCUAGAAGAACUCUCAUACCCUCACAACAUACCCACAAGCAGCAUCAAAAGCGUCACUCCCUCAUCGCCUCGUCAAAGCAUACCCGGCACCUGACCCACAAGCAAACAUACGUCACCGGCCACCUACAAUCUCAAGAGCAACUUUGCCUUCACGACCUGCAUCCGACCCCGACCUCGUCUUCCGCAAUCCCAAAAGUCAUCCUGUUCCAGCAUGGAGCCUCCUACAUCAAAGCUUGCCACACCUUCCCCCUCGACAUCGACAAUUCCCCCAGCCUUGCAGCAUUCCCCCUCGCCCCCGCCACUUCAGCGAAGCAACACUAGCAGCGGUCAGAGGGGAAAGAUCUCACCUAUGAGGAGGGCGUCUGGAUACAAGGUCGCUAGUGGGGCAUCUACUUCGCCUACUGCUUUGAGAGAGGCUUUGGACCAGAAGGAGGAGGUGAAGAGGCUUGCACAACGUCUUGCAACUCGUCUACAAUAUGCAGCAUUCAAGGUGGAAAGGGGAUGGACAAAGCACUCGCUACCCGAAGUCGAGAACUUGUAUUGGCGAGCUAGCAAAAUUGGGACGUCUAGCAUGUCGACCUCCGCAUCGAAGACUCAGCCAAGUCCUCGCGACAAGGUUUCUGGGACUGCCUCCAGUGGUGUCACCUUCGGCGGUAACAUGGCCCGCCGUCCAUCAGGUGGAUCGACUCGGCCUGCCAUUGCUCGUCUGCCCUCUCAGUCGGAUGGGACAGCACAUCUGAGAGUCCAGGACACCGAUGCCAAUGGAGGAGCAACACGUAGACCGACAGACGUUGACGAAGACGUCUUUGGUGCUAGCGUACCGAUUUCUCGCGCACUUCCCUCAGUCUCGAAGCACCACCACGCCCCGACGACGGCAGUCAUUGGUCUGAAUGGUCUACCGACACCGCCUCCUUCGGCUGGUACCGACCUCGCAAAGGGCGGCAGCGCUUCUUCAAGUGGGGCUGCUGUUGGCAAGGGUCUGCUCGCAGACUUGAGAGUGUCUCCAACUCGACAGAUGCAAGCAGCACGGGCCGCUUCGAAGCCCACGGCGGGCGGAGGCUCCACCUAUGCCGACUUUUGGGAUAAGCUGGGAGCUUCUUCGCCUGCCCUGAGAGGAGGAGGUGGUGGUGAAGCCGCUGGGCUUGCUUCUGCGCGGGACAAGGAGAGUGGGCUUGCAGCGAGGGGUGUCAAGAGAGGAAGGGAGGGAGGAGAGGAGGAUGAAGGAAGACGGCCUACUGGGGCUACUCCGCAUUCGUGAUACCCUCUCUAUGCUCCAUUGGUCAUCCUAGCUCUAGCAAUGUCCCUUGAUCAGCACCAUGUCUUUACCCUGAUCAAUCGUUAUACCUCGCAGCUCACUCACUCACUCC